CGCCGAGGAGCCCCGAGGCGUGUGGUGGGCCCAGGCCGCGGCCCGGUGGAGCACGGCACCCGCCCUGCUUGUGGGCGGAGUCCCUGCCUCCCCGCCGUCUAGCGCCGUUCCGGUCUCCGCCAGACCAAGGGAGUGGCUCAGGGGGCGCGUUUGUCGCGGCGUUGGCGGAGAGAACUGUGUUUCGGUGUUGGUGGCGCACCACCAGGCCUGGGGCGAACGCAUUCCCGAAGCACCAUGUACGAAGGGCUUGAGAACCGAAUUGUGGGAGGGUGCUCUAGGGAAGUGAGCGAAUUGGGUGGAGACGUAGGGAAGCCCAGAGAAGUUAGGGCUACAUGAUUUGUAAGCUCGUAACGAGCGUACAAUGCAUUUUAAAAGAAAUCUUAAAGGUACAAUGGAGUCUCACUUUUCCAAAUAGUAAGGAAUGAUGCCAACAGCAAGCACGGGUAAUCGUUCCAUUCUGUGUUCCUUCCGCUCCUCAACGCUGGACUAAGAAGGAUGUUAGCAGCCAGAGAUGGUUUUGUUUCCUCUGUGUAUUUUGCAGAGUGAUAGCAUUUAGGUGACUACCUUGUCAGGAAGAGCUACUACCAAGGAAGAAAUUAGCAAACCUCUUUUUCCUGUUGUUGUUUUCAGAGGCAUGGAAGAUUGGAGUUUGCAAUCUUCAACUGGGAGCAAGUUCGUGUUUUAGCUUCCCCCAGGCGGCUUAGACAGAAGCAGGCAGCAGAGUUUGCUCUCUCAGAAUGUGUUGAUGCCUGAUAAAAGUGCAAAUUCUUAAACUUAUAUCAGUCUGGAGAAGGAAACUGUUUAAACCUAAGAGAGAAUAGUCUGAUUUUUUUUUGCUCUUAGACUAUAAGUUUAAUUCAAAUGAAUGACCGUUGGGUAACUGCAACUCUCUGUGGCCACAUGUAAUUCCAUAAUAGAUACGUGAGUAGUUCACAGCAAAUCUGAGUGUUUUAAUAAAAGCAUGGAAUACAGAAAACAACAAAAAAUUCAGCCUGUGCUUUAAUCUCAUCUGAAAUUUUGCAGAUCAUUUUUUAAAGCAGGAGAGAAAAAAGACAGAAAGAAAGAAAACUUGUUCCUCCUCCCACCCCAAUAAUUUUCAAGUAAAAGGUGUGUGUCUUGUAAGCAGUAUAUGGCAGAUUUUUAACCCAAUCUGAGAGUCUGUUUUUUAAUAGAACCUAAGGCUUGAUUGCUUCCAAGCUGCUGUGGAUGGCCCUGGCUCUCUGGACCACUCUUCCAAGUAGGAUGUCACUGAGAUCCCUCAAAUGGAGCCUCCUGCUGCUGUCAGUCUUGAGUUUCCUCGUGAUGUGGUACCUCAGCAUUCCCCACUACAAUGUGAUAGAACGUGUAAACUCCAUGUACUUCUAUGAGUAUGAGCCGAUUUACAGACAAGACUUUCACUUCACCCUUCGAGAGCAUUCAAACUGCUCUCAUCAAAACCCAUUUCUUGUCAUCCUGGUCACCUCACACCCCUCAGAUGUGAAAGCCAGACAGGCCAUUAGAGUUACUUGGGGUGAAAAAAAGUCUUGGUGGGGAUAUGAGGUUCUUACAUUUUUUUUAUUAGGCCAGCAGGCUGAAAGGGAAGACAAAAUGUUAGCAUUGUCCUUAGACGAUGAACAUGUUCUUUAUGGUGACAUAAUACGCCAGGAUUUUUUAGACACAUACAACAACCUGACCUUGAAAACAAUUAUGGCAUUCAGAUGGGUAACUGAGUUUUGCCCCAAUGCCAAGUAUAUCAUGAAGACAGACACUGAUGUUUUCAUCAAUACUGGCAAUUUAGUGAAGUAUCUUUUAAAUUUAAACCACUCAGAGAAGUUCUUCACAGGUUAUCCUCUAAUUGAUAAUUAUUCAUAUAGAGGAUUUUACCAAAAAGCCCAUAUUUCAUACCAGGAGUAUCCUUUCAAGGUGUUUCCUCCCUACUGCAGCGGGUUGGGUUAUAUAAUAUCCAGAGAUUUGGUGCCAAGGAUUUAUGAAAUGAUGAGUCAUAUAAAGCCCAUCAAGUUUGAAGAUGUUUAUGUUGGGAUCUGUUUGAAUUUAUUAAAAGUGGACAUUCACAUUCCAGAAGACACCAACCUUUUCUUUUUAUAUAGAAUCCAUUUGGAUGUCUGUCAGCUCAGACGUGUGAUUGCAGCCCAUGGCUUUUCUUCCAAGGAAAUUAUUACAUUUUGGCAAGUUAUGCUAAGGAACACCACAUGCCAUUAUUAAUUUUAUGUUCUACCAAAAGCCUAGAGAAGGGCAGGGUAUCUUUGGAAAGUGUGAAAGUUGUACUGUGAAUCUCCGAUGGAAAACCCAUGGAAAGGUCUGUGUGCUGGCUUAUAUUGGACAGAAACUCAUCAAGAACUCAUAGAGACUGGAGGGUAAUACUUCAGUUGUGAUUUAUCUGGACAAAAGUCAGGCCCUUUUAAGAUGAUGUUCAGAGUAAUUAAACAUCUUAUAAAGGAGCAAGAGGGUUUUGCUAACAAACAGGACCAAACAAUUUAAACAUGUCAUUCUAUAUACUAGAACCUCUUAAAAGGGUCUCACUGAAUUAUAAGUCGUUCAUUCAUAACAACCGAGAAAUGGGGAGUUCUAUUUAUUGAACAGUCUAGUCAGUUAAGGGUUUUGUGCAUAUCUAACAUGAAUUACGGAUUAAAAAAAAUAUAUAGUUCUGUGUGAAAAACUUAAAGUUAUAUUGAACAAAAUUUCAUCUGUCUUUGGUCAUUCAGAAGAUACUUCAAGAUGUUGCAGUAUUUCAGAGCUAUCAAUUAUUAUUUUAAAUUACUUAAAAUUUUCUAGGUGUUUGAGUGUUAUGGUUGUUUCAAUACUGUGUAUACAGAGUAGUGAAUCACCUUUCACAUUUGAAUUAUUUUUUCCAGUUACUUCACUGAUCAGUCUUUUAUUGAUAGCCCCAUCAAUGUGAAGUCAUUGAUCAUUAUUGAGUAUAAGUAACUGUCUUGGACUUUGAUAAAUAUUUUACUGUGGUAAUAUAGAGAAGAGUUAAAGAAAUAAUUUCUAAAUUAUUGUCUUGUUUUUAAAAAUAUAAUCCCCAGUGUUUUUAGAUGUCAAUUUAUCUAUCUCAUUUUCCACUUGGAAGUCAGGAAUAAUAUAGACUGUCAGGCAGAAUGUUUUCAUUUGGAAAGGACUUUGAAGGCAAAAAGAAGAGAGAACCUGUUGGCCACAGUAUUAUGGAAUAGUGUCAUAUGCCAGUAUUUAGAGCUAGAAAGAGAAGAGUCACAUUAUUAAUCCAUUCCAUAUCUUUUCUCCUUAAAAACAAGUUUAUGAAUAAAAGAAAAAGAAACUACUGCUGCUAUUUUUAUUUGUUUCACAUCAAGAGGAAAGCUGUAAUAU